UAUGUAGGUCAUGUUGAGGAAAAAUUUACAGUUUUUCGCGGGGGAUAUAAGUCUACAUGAACUGAACUUGUAAUUACUAUUAUAGUUUGUGUUAUUGAAGAAUGUGUGAUGAGGUUGAUUCAAGUAGGAUGAAUACAGUCAGAGUGAUUACAGUUAGAUCAACUUCAACUUCAUCCCAACAAGAUACUCGUAAGUCUAUCUCUAUAUGCGUAAUAAUAAUCAUACAAAUUUUUAAAAAAAAACCCAUUUAAAUCCGUACAAAUGGAUAAAGUUUAAAGUUAGUUAACCGUAAGAAUAAUUAUUAUUGUGAUAUCAAUAUUGUGGCAACAAAAGCUGGUCAACUGGUCCAAUGUCCUACUUUACCAGCUUCUUGAUGUUCAAUAGUUGUCUAGGUUAAGUUGGUGCUUGAUGUAAAGUGCAUAAUUUAGAACUGAAAAAAAACCCAGUAUCUAAUAGUUCGACAUCGUUAUUGUUGCAGACGUCGUAAAAUACAUAAGAUAUUUACUUAUUUGCUUCAAGUACUGAAUUUAUUCUAACAUGUCUUUUAAAUAGUGUUUCUAGUUACCGUCGUUGUCAGCAGAUCUCAGACAAUAAUAUUAUCUUACACUUAAGAAUACCUUAUUUUUACAAAUGUAAUUCAUGCUGUGUUUUUAGUGAGUUUUAUGAUUAUGUCUUAUCUAAAUUGUUUGUCUUAAAUUACUCUACGUUACGUAGAGCCUGGCACAGAUUUGCAUGGCCUAUUAGUACAACUAAAUGAACAUAACAAGAUUAUCAAGAGAGAUCGAAAUGAUGUAGUAGUAAUGAUAAUGAUGAAGACGGAACGUUGACAAUGUGGUUCGAAAAGAAAGUGUGAAAAAGUAUGCAUGAAUGAAUAUUGGAGUUUAAUAUAAAGAGGAUGAUAAAGAAUGAAGGCUUCUGUGUCAUUGUGAAUGAUUCUAAGUUGUCACCUAAAGUUUCCAACGACUGAUCACGGUUAUCACACGCACCCUAACCAGGUAAUCUGCUUAUAAAUAACGUAGCUUAGACAAAUAGUCAAUGACUUCAUGGAUUAAUAUCAUGUCUUGGUUCUACUACUCUCAACUUUCUUCCAACUUGCUUCUGCACCAGCAAACAUCCGAUAGAGGUAAACGGUAAUUAGGCAUGCAUUACACAUAUCCUAAAUAUCUCAGUCGAUGCACAUUCUUGGUCUCAUGAAUCGGUUUGAAACUCAAGGUGUGCUUCUAAGACAUACAUAAUUAAAAAGCUACAUCCCAUACUUGUACUUCUUUUAAUACUCACUACCCAAAGUCAAUAAAAUAUUUGUCAACACUCCUAUUGUAAUAAUCCAAAUUUUAAAGAUAAUCCUCCUGGUGUUAGUUGGUAUGUUUUUUUCUCUCUAAAAACGAUCAUCUUUUUAAUAGUUGAAAUCAUGAGUCAAUUUAAGCUAGACCACCAUGGAAAACCUGGAAGCACUGGACGAUCGUUUCGUCCUGGGACUCCUCAACAGUGCGCAUCCAUGAUCCCGCCCCCCGCGAGAUUCGAACCAGGACCUAUCAGUCUCGCGCACAAGCGCUUAACCACUAGACUACUCAUGUUUUCAACAAUUGAAAUUUAUAAAAUCUCCACAAAACCCCUUCUGAUAUCAUCUUUUUACUUUAUUAUUUCUUUCUAAAAAAUCUCACAUUUUAUAUUUCUGUUUUGUUUGUUGCAAAUAUUCAUGUUUAUUAUCUUAUACAUUGGUACACAUGAAUAAAUAUAUGCUGUCUACUUGUUCACCGAUCAUAACAUUCAUUUAUUGUAUUCCUACCAACUGGUUCUUUUCAAUUCAAUUUGUUGUUCAGCCUCAGUAAGUGUAUAUUCACAAUAUAUAUAAUAAUAAUUAUUAUUAUUAUUUUGUAAUCAAAUGAAUAAGUUAUACUUCUUCUUUGUAUGUCCUAUUAAUAUUUGCAAAAACAAAGCUAACUACAGAUGGUUUUCAGAUUUGAUAGAAUGUUUUUUGUCAUUGAUCUACUAUGUACAAAAUAGGACAGAGGUCAAACUUGUGACCCUCUGUGAUAGUUGGAUGUGAAUUAACCUAAUGACUAAAUCAUAUUUUAGUAAAAGUUUGAUAAAACAAUACAAGUUUGUCUAUCAGGAGUGUUUGGUAAGUGUAUUAUGUAAACAUUAGUAAUAAUACUCUGGUACACGUAAAUUCAAAUAUUUGAAAUGGUUUUGUAACGUGAUGAAUUAAUAUCUAUAAAGCAAGUUGUUUGCUUGAGUUACUAGUAUUUCUCUUCAUAUUAAUCAUGAGGUUUACUGAUUCCCUUCAAUUCAUAUCGUGAUUUUAAUUCAGGCGAUAAUAUAAUAUGUAGGUUGUGUUCGUCACAAAUUGAUCUCAGUUGGGAUAACAUUAAAAGCUAGGUAGCAGUAGGAUUUAUUGUCCAAGUCCAAAACUCUUCAGUUUACACCUUUGACCCCACUAGAAGUCGAACUCAAAACCUUCAAACUGCUCGGUGAAUGCUUAGGCAUUAGAACCACUGGAUCGGCUUUCAGUAGUACAUUUCUAACUUUAAUUAGUUCACGAUACAUUGAGACGAUCAUACAGUGGUAUCGGUGACAACUGUUUCAUUCCCGAUAUUUUUGACUUCCUCCAGCCACGACUUUUCAGUAAAGUUAAAAGAAAACCUUGGAGUACGUUCAUGGUGAGUUGACUAUUUAAGUAUGGUUGAAGGGAUUUUGUGGACGUUAGUUUAAUUUGUUGAUUAUUCUAUUAUCCUCGAUUUUCUCAAUAUUUGUUAAGGUACUUAAUUCAAACCCCAAAGUGCUUCUGUGAUGAAUAAGACCGAUCAUAUUGGUUUUGACCAGUAUGUUAUUAUUUCACUGCAAAAAGGUAGUAUAUGUUUGUUUGAAGUAGAUCUCUACAGAUGACCUUUGUUUUAUCCAUUUCGUUAUCAUUACUCAUGAAAACAUGUUGUAAACUGAGAUUAAAAUUACUUUAUACCUUUCCUUCUACAAACGAAUUCUUAUUGUAUUAUAUCCUUAUACGAAAUAUUUCUUUUAUAUAUUACUACCAUUGGAGUAAAUACUUCUAUGAGUUUUGGUGUUCAUCUUGUUGUGCUAAUGAGGUGUGUCUGUGACUGUGAAGUUGGGCAACAUGGGCUCGAAUCCGUCAGGGAGCAUCAGUUCCCUCAAGAUUACAGGUACACCUUGCUGACGAGUGACAAAUAGUACGCAACUUAGGUUCAGGGUUUCCUGUUGACUACCUCCAACCACCAUCUUAUAGUGAGGUGUGGCAACUUGAACUGAUGCAUAUAUGUGCCUCGUCCUACGUUGUAGCUGACUGACUGUAACUGAUCAACAACCUUUCCUUGAAAUCUGUAAAGUUCGGGGAGUGAUUUCAUAAUAAUAAUCUUUUAUUUUGACAGCUAACUGAUUCAACGUAUUAAUUAACUGUUGAUCUAACAUCACAUUAAAAGUACUUCAUGUGAAUGACUACAUAUCCAGAUUGAAAAUUAAAUGUUGUAUUGUAUUUUCACCAUACUACAACAUCAACUUAUUACCAUUUAAACCUAGUUAAGGGACCGACUGAUAUCGAAUAAUAAUAAUAAUAAUAAUAAUAAUAAUAAUAAUAAUAAACGUUUUAUUCCUUUAAUGCACACAAACCCGCUGCUGGUCAAAUCGAAUACACACUUAUUUGUCCAAAAUCGAUUCAGUUAAUACAAGUAACUAAGUCAACAGUUGUGUGUUGGAUUGGACUAAUAAUUGAUGAAGAUAGGAACAUUUAAUUAUUGAUUUAAUAGUGAAUUUUCAAUGAAUAAAUUAAUCAAAUUUGUUUAAAUCAUUUCAAUAAAGUUUUAUAGUACAAUGAUAUAUUACUUGCAUGUGUAUGUGUGUGUGUUUACAGACACACAGAUACAAACACAUAUACAGAUAUACAAACGAACAAAACUAUUAUGUAAGAAUACACAAAAUAAAUCAGAUGUAAUUCACCUGAUGAUUUUGUGUAUAUUCAUGUGAUUGUAAUGCAACGCCAUGAUGUUGUAACUAUAGUACUUACGGAUAACUUGGUGGUAAAUUGUAAUAUAAGUAGCUUUGAUGUUUGACAUCAAUUAUACCUGUGAUAUAUUUAUCGGUAUAUUAUUGUAGAUUUUAAGAAAAGAAUUAGUUGUACGAAAAAAAUAUUCAUGAGGAUAUAGAUGGGUUCAUUCUAUCUUACUGUACGGUUAUAUAUUACCAUCUCUGAGUUAACUACUUCCAUGAAUCCGGUGUUCAUCUUGUUGUGUUAAUGAGGUAUGGCAACUUGGACCGUGCAUAUAUGUUCCUGGCCCUACGUUGUAGCUGACUGACUGACUGCUGUGCGGUUGUAAAACGAGGAUAUUUGUACGUUACUAGUAUUUGACCAUGUAUGCCAUCGAAGCAUUUUUAGUAUAUGUUAAAAUUAUCGAUUACCACAAAGUACUGCUUAAUAAUAAUAAAUUGGUUGAUGAGAUGAGAUGGUUGGAACGUAUACUAGGUACGCUCCACCACUCUCUACCUCAACUCAUGAUGUCAGCUAGUGUAGAUUUAGUUUAGAAGAAAGGUAGGGUGUUGGCUAAAUUGAAAUGUUUCAUCAAUCACAAUUGAUUGAUCACUGGGUGGUGAUCAAUGUCAUGCGUGUCUAGUCCUUAUCAGCGCAGAUCGAAUGCUAUCGAUCAUGUUGCAGUGUGGCCACCAGUCUAGGUGACUCGACACUGUGGGCACUAUAUAUUGAAAUUUAGAUGGUGGUUGGAGGUAGUCAACAGGAAACCCUGGACCCAGGUUUCGUGCUACUUGGCACUCGUCAGCAAGGUGUACUUGUACUCUUGAGGGAAGCUGGGUGACACGAGAUCGAAUCCGCCAGGGAGCACCAGUUCCCUCAAGAUUACAGAUACACCUUGCUGACGAGUGCCAAGUGGCACGAAACCUGGGUCCAGGGUUUCCUGUUGACUACCUCCAACCACCAUCUAAAUGUAUCAUCAAUCCAUGAAAUCAUUAACUGUUAGACUGCUUCGUUUUUAUAGGCUCAAAUCUUGUUGAUGUUCGUGCAAUUAUAGUCUAUCUCUAACCUUUUCUAUUACCACCGAUACUGUUACUACUACUAAUUUCGUAUUUGUCUUGAUGAUUUCAUUUCUCUGUGUUGAUAUAUUGUGAUAGCUUCAACCUAUGCACAUAUGUGUAGGUUCUACGCUGCACAUGUAUAUAUCAAAUUACCAUUAUUGGCAAUUCAAACUUGCAAAAACGAUCUUUCUGAUUUUUUUAAAUUUUUUGUUUUCCACUAACCUUUUAGAGUCCGUCAAGAGUCAGUGACACUGGUAAUCGUAAUGCCUUCAAUCAAGAUUCUGAUAUAGAUUCUAAUGAAGAUGAAAUAUCCUGUAAAGAUGAUGAAAAGAUCAGAAAAUUCUUGGAUUCUACUGUUUCUGUUUUUGAACUAAUCGAUCAAACGAGUUAUUUGCAACAAUAUCCAAGCUGGCUUGGAUAUUGUGGUCCAGAAAAUAAAAAGAAAUACACUCCAACCUAUAUUAAUCGAAAUGAUAAUAUAUGGGAACUCGUAUUUUCUGAACGUGGAUAUGUAGAUAUGUUACUUAUUGUUAGAGAUUUAUAUAUGAAACCUUUCCCGAAAGUUGAUGUUAAUUCAGUAAUUGGUUUAUCUACGGAUCAUUUAUUAGGAGAUACAGAUUUAUGUACAGCUUUAUUCCCGUGUAUUAAUGAACUUGUUACUUCUCAUGAGAAAAUAUUUCGUGUUCUAGCUGGUUUACAUCUAGAACGUGAAGAUCAUAUUAUACCAUCAUUAGGAGCUUAUUUGGUGCAGUUAUUUGACCAAGAAAGUCUUUCAUCCUUAUCACAGUUAUAUGGCCAUUUUCUAUAUGCACAAAAACGUAUUCGCGAACGUUUACAAGCCUGUAAAAAUCAUGCACGAAUUGCAGCUUUCUUUCAGCAAGUGAAACAGAAUCCUCGUAGUUCACGUAAAUCAUUAGAAGAUUGUUAUAUGGUGAUUGUACAACGUUGGACUAAAGUAGAAACGUUACUUGAAUCAAUUAUACGAAAUACAUUAAAUGAUGAUAAUGAAGUUGCGAAUUUAGAAAUUUCUCGUAAAGCAGUCAAAUCACUAAUAAAAUCUUCAGAAACUAUAUUGACAGAAUUUGAAUACACUGGAAAAUUGAGAGAAUUUGCCAUGCGCUUAAAUGUAUCUGAUAUGACGACUGGUACAACAAUGAUGUCAUUAUCAAAUAAUACUUCAUCGGAUGAAAUGCAAUUACUUAAUGAAUUGAACUCACCUAAUGCAAAGUUAAUUAAUCAUGGACGAUUAUAUGCUAAUCCAAUGGUUUCUGGUUGUGGACUACAGUCGAGUACAUCAUAUGAAGUAGAAGGUGUAGCGUUAAAAAGUUGCUUCUUUAUGCUACAAAAAAUACCGGAUUCAAAUCGAUACCAAUUAUUCCGUGGAACAGAAAUGCCUCCUAUUCUUUGGUGGGGCAAACAUUAUGGAUAUUUUAGAAAAUCAGGGGAGAAAGCCAGUUUCGGAUUUUACAUUCUUUUACAUUCCGCUACCGCCCUUACGUUAUUCCGUUGUGCAACUGUAGAUGAGUUAGCAAGAUGGGAAACUAUUUUCAAUGAUGGUUUUGCUCAAUGGCGAGAGCACAUGGAUACUUUUGAAAGUUUAUGUAAGUAUAAUAUAACUAGUUCCUUUUGCCUUACUGUUUCGUUUGUGUAAGUAUUGUUGGUGAAGAUUUCUUGAAACGGCAUCAUAACAAAAUUUAUUGAAGUCAUAACUCAUGUCUUUGGCUAAAUACUACAAUCCUUUUGUACUAUUUAUUUCUAAAGCUCUUUUAAUGUUUAGACGUUGGAUUAGACAAGGUUAGUUUUAUCUGUUUUGAAACUGUUCAGUGAUUUCUUUAUCCUACAAUUCCUUUUGUGUAUACAAGAAAUCUAAUCAGAUUGUUGUUGGAUUUACUUUUUUGUUUGUUCAUUGCAAGAAAAAAAGUUAUUCAUCAAGCUGUAACAAAAUCUCUGAUACCUUUACUAUCACUACAAUAGGAUUUCUCUUGAUAAUAAGUAUAAGACAAAGAAAAUGCAUCUGUAGCAUUUCAACUAAUUCUUAAUUAUUUGACUCAUCGUCUCUAACCGUUGAUCGCAGUUUUAUCGUCUGCAUCAGCCAGGUAAUUUGUACCCACGUACAUAUUACAAUCCAGGAGUCUAUACUUCAUGGAAUGAUAUAACGUUACGUUUCGCUUCCUCCAUAUUUCUCACAACCUAUACCUGCACUAACCAGCACCAAUUCAGUGGCUGAACACUUAUCCCAACCACUUCAGUCAAUUUAGAUUGAGUACUUCAUCAAUCGAUUAUCCAUCUUUAUCGAGUACUUUGCGUUCAAACGCAUGAUUACUCAGUCUGUGGUCCUAAUAUACACGAAUAAUGCUUUGAAGGCAUAUUUGAUCACAUAAUAUCAAUCUACGAAAAUCGUUUAUUUUCAAAGGUCAUCUGUAACAUCCCUGAAGUAGAAUGGAGUGAAACGCUGAGCAGUAUAUUUGUAUUUUGGUUGGGAAACGGUUCCCUUACCUUUAAGAUAGUAAACGACCGUGUACAUAUCAAGUUUUUGAGAAUAUCAUGUUUGUCUUAUUUACCUAUAGCUGAAGAGUUCUCUAAAGCUCGUGAUGAAAUUGCUGAAAAACAAAAACGAACAGAAGGUAUUCUUGAAUUACUAUACCAAUUAAAUGAUAAACGUCUUACAUUCUGGAAAAUUUGGGAAUUCAUUUCAUCUGUAUUAAUUGAUGAACGUCUAGCUGAAAUGGAAAUGCUAACGUCUAAAACAGAAUCAUUGUCUACAUCAACACAAAAUAAUGCAAAUCGUUCAAGUAUUAAAGUAGACAUAACAUCACCUCCGAUUACACCAAAUAUUAAUAAUAAUAAUAAUAAUGCUCAACAAAUUACUACCAUGGAUACGCUCAAGUUACAUACGUUUAUUUUAAAUCUUGAUACAUAUAAUGAUUUAGAUCAACUUUUUGAUUUAUUUCAUGAAUAUUUUUAUCGUUUAUCUUUCGCUCUCCUCAGUGGACCGUCUUCCAAUCUAUCCAGAAGUGCCUCAGAUGUAGAUGGUAGCAAACGGCCUCAAGCAAAUUUAGUUAAAAAACACGAAACAUUUAGUGUACAUGAUAGUGUACCUGGUAGGUUUAUGCUCUCGUUUAUUUUGUUUUAUUUAUUCCUUAAUUGAUUUAAUUCAUGUAACACAUGUUGUUACAUUUAUUCAUUCUUAAGAUAACUCACUUUUGUCUAAAGAAACCAAAAUGAUGAAGGAAAGAUUAAAUAAAGUUAAUGAAAUGCAAAGACCAAAGUUUUUCAAAUUUUCCUAAUCACAUAAUAUAUUAGUAGUAAAACUAGGCAUUGAAAAAAGUUAUCAAAUCCUCUCUUAUAGAGUAUGGUGGUUGUUACCGUUAAUCCCUCAGUGAUAAGUUUGAAUUCAGUCGGAAAGAUGUGAUGGAAUCUGUGGAAUCCCUAUAAAAUACCUUUGAUCUGUCACAUGGUCAUUACUGAUAGAAUUUGGAUCAAAUAAAUUUUUAUAGAUUUUAUAUGAACUGAGAAGGGAUUAGCUGACUAUGGGCUGUGUUUGAAUAAUAUUAUUCGCAAUGAAUUAUUCCUUUUUCAUUUCAUCUCUCCCUCAGUUUGUUGUUUUCUUUGCCUCUCUAUUUUGUUUAUCUUUGUUGUCGUAGCUGUGUUUUUAGAAUUUCACCAGUGGAUCAUUCAUUACCAAUUUCAUUGUAUCAAUAAAAUUUGUUCUAUUUAUUAAGACUAUCAUCUUCGUUUAUCUAGUUUACUUAUAUUCAACGUGCCUGUGAUUGGUUGGUUUAUUGUCAUAAAGUUCCUCCACGGUGUUGUUUCACUGCUAACGUUUUCCUAUUAUAUUUACCAAUAUUUUUGGCAUUGUUGGUAACUAUCGUUUAACAUAGUUCUUGAUUUAAGUAAUUAUAAUAGGUGAAUCAAUUAUAAGCAACAUAGGACCUUACACAUACGUACAUAUCAUCACAUUGCAGUGCCAUAUAAACACAACAAGACGGAAUUUUCAAGAGAAAUUUGAUAGUAGAGGUAGUAACAAUAUCAGUAGUAAUGGCAAAUCUUAAAUAUAGUCAAUGUAAUUUGUAAAGAAUGAAUGUUUAAAAAUCAAAGUAUUUUCUUCUCAUAGAUUCUGAAUCAUUUCGCACAAUUUUUCCGACCACUGGUUACGACAAUCAUGUUGACUUUUACUCGUUUACCAACAUAACUCUGUUCACUAUGUCUUCAACAAAUAGAGCUAUGUUAUCUACGUGAAUCUAGUAGAGUGAGAUCGAUUCCAUAAUAAUCAGAGGAUAAAAACAUUAUUAUUAAAAUUCUUUUUUCUAAAAAGUGGAAAAACUGAACAACCCUGAAGUAAGACUCUCUUCAAUGAACGUUUAUUGUAGAACGUUUAUCGUAGAGGUAAAUAUACAGACAAUAAACUGAAUAAAUUUCAAGACUUUGAACAUUUUAUUCUUCCAUUCAAUGUUCGUCUUUGUUAAUAUACACCUUUUGAUGAUCGCUCUUCUGGUGGUUGACCAGUUUUGCUUGCAUUUUUACAAAUGAAUGCUAUAACAAUUAAUGUAUAUAUUAUUCAACUAUAUAUUCUUUACUAAGGUUUUUACUUUCUUAUUUCGAAUUCACUAAGGAUUUAAUAGAUGAUUGAUGAUGAUGAUCCAUUUGUAGAAUGUUAAAUAUCAGAAAAUUGAAUUUUUGACUUCGUGACUGUCAGGUUAAGUUAAUUCUUUAAAGAACAUUUAAUUUAUUCUGUGUAGAAGUGACUUACCCCAAGUCAUAAAGCACUAAAAACUCAAUUUAUUCAGAUUCUGCAAAUAUUAUAUAUAUUCACUAGUCGAUUUGACCUAGACCACCAUUGAGAACUUGCAAGUACUAGACGGCCGUUUCGUCCUAGUAUAGUGGUGUACUUUACAUCUGCUCGUGGAUUCAACUGUGAAAAUGCUAUGAUCUCCGCAAAUUCCCAUACUGAUAUAUAUAUAUAUAUAUAUAUAUAUAUCAUACUGUUUACUGACUCUUUUUCUGAUGUACGUUUUCCCUGUGAUAAUGAUUAUUUUAGAUGAAUUAGAUAAACUUGUUGAAGAAAGUAAGCGAAUUAUUGUACACAAUAUAUAGAUUUAUUUAUCACUAAAUCUAACCGUUUUGUUUGUUAUGUUGCUAUACAAUGCUAAAGUUUAUACUUAACAUUCAAUUGUUUAGACUAACUAUCUGUAAUCAACAUUACAAUUUAAUAUAUCUGCACUUUUAAAUAGAUAACACUUAUAAGUAAUGAAUCUAAUCAAUAAACUCCUAUCCAGUGAAGUAGCUCUAUGUUACGGGUAAAGUUUGCCAUAAAUAAUAAAUGUAUCAUUAACUCUACCACACAUAAUUGUAACAUCAUGUAAACAUAACGAUGGAGAAAAUCAGCGAGAAUCCUUAAAGGCAAAGAGUACGAAGUAAUAGUAGUAUUAAUAAUUGUGGAAAAAAAUGGAUAAAAUAUGGUUACAAUAGAAGAAAUGAAGUAAAAGAGUGAAGUGUAUCAAACAGUAUUUAAUUUCUAUAUCUGUGGUAUUAUAAAGAAUCAAUGAUUUCACACUGAUUCCUAGUUUUUCUCACCAAAGACUUCCUAACACUAUUGUAAGGGUCCUAAUCAUACAUUCAAAAUCUAUCAACACUUCUCAGACUUCUAGUCAAUGACUUCAUGAACUGAUUCCGCGUUUUGAUUUUACGGCGCUUACCUUUUUUCUAACCUACUCCUACACCAGCCGGCAUUGUGUCCCUAAGUAUACGAUGAUUGGAUAUAUGUGACACAUGUCCUAGCUGUUUCAUUCAAUUAAAAUUCACAAUCUUAUCAACUAAUUUUCCGCCUUUACUUAAUAUUCACUGCUUAACCUAAGCAUUAUGCACUUGGUUCUUCCACCAUUCAUAAACAGUUUUUUUCAAUUUUAACGUAAUAGAUAUGCCAUGUAAAUGGAGACACUAAAUGACUUAGGAAUAGUAAACUAUCCUAAAAGGAAUAAGUUAGGUGUUGCAUGAAUCUGUAUUGUUAGGUCAAGUUUUUUUCUAACAAAUAGAGAAAUACCACAGAUUGAAAUCAUGAGUCAAUUGAAGCUAGACCAUCAUGGAAAACCUGGAAGCACUGGAGGGAAGUUUCGUCUUAGUAUGGGACUCGUCAGUAAUGCGCAUCCACGAUCCCGCCCCCUGCGACAUUCGAACCCAGGACCUAUCAGUCUCGCGCGCGACCGUUUAACCACUAGACCACUGAGCCGGCCGGAAUCCAAUGGUGUUAAUGUUUCACUUCAACCAAUCCACGGAGUUACGCCACCACACAUCAUUGUCUUCAGUGAGCUGAUAUCUCACAACAGACCUGGUUGAACUCCACUGGUAACGGCUUCUCGCUAGAACUCCAGGAGUAUCUCUUGAAUUCAGUCACUAGUGAGCAGAUGAUUAUUAUCGGAAGGGUUUGUGGAGAUUUUAGAAAUUUCACAGAUUGAAAUCAUGAGUCAACUGAAACUGGACCAAUGCUGAGGAGUUCCAUACUAGGACGAAACUUCCCUCCAGUGCUUCCAGGUUUGCCAUGGUGGUCUAGCUUCAAUUGACUCAUGGUUUCAAUCUGUGAAAUUUCUAAAAUCUCCACAAACCCAUUCUGAAAAUAGAGAAAUAGUCCAACCUCUCUAAUCUUCUAUUUAUAUGAUCCUAAAAUAAAUUCAAAUCUUUCAUUAUAGAAUUAAUUCAUUCGAGAGAAAACUCUCUUUUAUAACAAAUUUGAAUGAAGAAGGUACAAUUCACCUAAUUAUCCAAAUGUGGAAUAAAUUUAGAAAUAGGAUACUUUGCCAAUUUAGUUUUAUAAAAAAAUAUUCCUGAUAUAAUAUCAAGUUUAUUAGUAAAAAGAUCUGGUGAUUAUCGGUAUCUUCCAUAAUCUCAUACGGGCUAGGUUUUUGUCCUAUAAAAGACAAGCUAUGGGAAAUAUGAUCUAAUAGAUUAAAAGGCAAGAUGUUAAAUUAGUAAUUAAUACAAAAAUAAGUAAGUAUAUUGGUAAUCUCUUUAUGUUAUCAAAUACCUGAUAUUCUUAUUACAGAAUAGACUAAUGGAGAAUUUUCUUUCUUCAGACAAUUUACCUGUAAAUACCUAUCCAAGUCACUGCAUGUAUAUAUAUAUAUAUAUAUAUAUAUAUAUUCCUUGGCGUAACUUGUUUACCAAGUACAGGUUUGUCUACUUGACUUGAAGACACUGUGUCAGGUCUAGGGACGCUACUCAUAUUGAAGUGGGUGGACCGGAACUGAGACCUUUCAGCCGAAAGUCAAAUACCUUAUGUUUUUUUGAGGUGUUCUGUAAAUACUGGAGUAAUCAUAGAUACAAAAAAAUGUAAUCAGAGAUACAUUUCUAAUAGCAGAUAUAAAAUAAACAAGUGAACUCCAUUGAAAUAAAUAACUUCUAGCACUUAUUCUCCUUGUUUUCUAUUCUGUCAUUAUCACCUUUGCUGAUUUUAUGCCCCCAAAAAAUUGAACAUUUAUAGGUGUCGAAAGUAUUGAGUGGUUAUAUUAUUUUAGCGUUAAAAUAAAUGAUUUAAUAGAUUCCAGUGCUUCCAGGUUUUCAAUGGUGGUCUAACAUCAUUCGGUUCAAGAUCUCAAUCAAUAACUUAAUAGAUUCUAUCAUAAAUAUUCUACUUGUGACUGGAGAAGAUGUUCGAAUUCUCUUCGGUUUUACAUUCAUUCUUCUUGGCCUAUGUUCAUCCCCUAACACUGCGUCGGCGAGACUAUGAUUUUUCGACGAACCGAUCACAUUUACGAUAACAGGUCUUCAGUUUUGGCGCAAAAUUAAUUCAUCCAUUUAGUUAAAUAGAGUUUUAGCAGUAUAGCUGAUGUCAGUUCUUAAUGAAAACCCUUAAAUCUAAUUCCUAACCCUAAUUAUCAACUGUAAAUAUUAAUUUUAAUUCCUCACAUUAGUGUAUAACCUUGAUUUGGUCGUCAUAUGUCCGUGGACAUUUUCAAGGUUUUUUUUAGCGUCAUUCAAAGAUCGUUCAUAAAUUAUAGUCUCAUCUAUUGUGUCUUUUAAUAUCGAAUAUGUUUUGUCGUAUAUUUUGUAUAAAUUCAGUAGUUAAUAUUACUUUUAUAUAUAUCUUUAAAUACAAGUUUUUACAAUAUGAGCUAGUUCAUUACUCCUUGUGGAUUUCUGUAGAUUUCCAAAUUCUAAACAAAAUAUAUCAUCUUUUAUUCUCACACGGUGUUUUUUUUUUAAACAUAAAGUCACCCUUUGACACUUUUUCCACACUGAUAAUUGGAAGAAAACUUUAUUGAAUGUACUAAUCAUAAUUGAGUAAUAUAAAAUUAAGGGGUCAAAUAUGCAAUAGAACUUUAACAAAGGGAUGUGCUUAACAAUUAUUAUUAUCAUCAUCAUCGUUAUCAAGAAAUUUGUAUUUCUUAUGAUGGUUUUUAUGUAAAAUUGUUCUUCGAUUUUUUUCUUCUAUUAUUAACCAUUAUAUAACAAAGAAAAAGAUUACCGUAGCAACACUACCUUAUAUAAAUGAAGGAAUCACUUAAGCCUGUUUUUCAUCUAGUUUAAUUUUAAUGCUUCACAGUAAUCUGACAGAUUAUAUUAAAGUGUAUAGGAGAAAGAAAAGAUAAAAUAGAAGGAAAAUAGAAAGUAUCAGAAUGUUUUUUUAUCUUAAUUUAUUUAUUUAUUUUAACACAUAGGCAUUGGUAAAAGGAGACACCAAAUACAUACGCGCCACACAAAUCUCACUGGAUAUGUAUGAGGGCUGUGAUACUGCCCGGGUGCCCUAACCGAAACAGGUGGUUUUCUUAGGGGGCCACACCCCGAGCCUCCGACCUGUAGGUCUGAUCCACAAGGCAGUGGAGCAUCGUAAGGAGAUGCAGUCCCAUGGAAGCCGGUGACCAACAAUCGGUUCACACGCCAUUUAUUCCCGCAAGAUACUGGAGUCCAUGUACACCAUUGGUUUGGUAUCCGGUUAAAGCGCCGAACAUUCGCUUUUCUUCCUCUCAUUUUCGUAAACAACACCCCCGCCAGGAGAAUUCAGUGAGUCGGACUCCCCUGGCAGAGGCAAUAUACGCGUCACCAUGUGAAAGCAUUUCUAGAGGGAGAGCGGACUCUCCUCACUCCCGGCCGUACCAGGGCAUUUAGGGGCCUUUAUCUUAAACAUACUAUUACAUAAACAAAUGGUUAACUAUUUAAUUAAUUACAAAUGUUGAUGUUAAAAGAGAUUGAUGCACUUUGGUUUUCACAAAACAUCGAUGUUAGCCUAUAGAUUUUCAUCCGACUAUUCAUUAUUCUAAGCAAAGUAUUUGAUGUACAUGUGUAUGGGAGAAUGUUUACAAAGACUUUUCUAACUUGUUCGAAAGAUGUUGUUGUAUCGUCAAACAUUAACUGUAAAUUAAUUAACACGUUUGGAGAAUAUUCUUCGCAUCAUCUAUAUAUAUAUAUAUACAUAGCUUAUUUCAGUUCACAUCCUUAAUCCCUAUUGGUUUCAAUUUAACCUUAGAUUAAAUUAUUUUUUCUGCAAAAGACAAUUAUUCUUUGUGUUUUUGUUGCUCUGGAUUACACACUAAUCAUUUAAUUGAUUCACAUUUUAAUAGCUAUGUUUGUAGAUAACAAUAAUUUAAACAUUGUUGUUGCAGCUACCUUUUGCUUUUAUCAAAUUGUUGUUAUGCAUCUAGUUAAUUUUAUAUGAUAAUAUGAUCAAGCGAAUUAAUGUGAUAAUAUAAAUGGAUUUUUUGCGUUGACAACACACACACACACACGAUUCCGUCAAUGAAGUUGAAAGUUGGGAAUGAGACCUACAGAAUUGAAUAAACUACUUUUUGAGUGUUUGUGGAGCAAUCCAAAAGUGAAUCAUUUUUAUCUUCAUCAUUACAAUAAGCCACAGAAACACACUAUGUGUCAUGUUAAAAAGGUUUAAAAUUGUUCGAAAGAAUUCCCUUUGUCAUCACACAGUAAAACGGAUAAUGUUAGAUGUAUCAAAUACUCACUCUCCUAUAUACACAUUUUGUGUAACAUAAAUUAAUCAGUUUUUAUUGUAGCAUACUUCGUUCUUGAUAAACAUGUGAAGAUAAACUAUUUUAUUAAUGGUACAUUGAAUAAAAGGCAUGAACUAAUGAAGUAAGAAUGCAAAACUCGACAACGAGUUUUACAUAUGACCUGUUCAUAUCGACACGGUGACAACAACUGUUCUUCACAUAAUUUCAUCUCGGUAACUCUUCAAUGAAUUAUUUAUUGAUGAAGAUCUUGCAGUUGAUGAUGAGGUUACCAUUGAAAUGUUUGUCAUUGUACGAAAGAUUCAAGAAAAGAAACUUUUUACAUGAAUAAUCAAUAUCGUUAUGCGUUUGUGUUUCUAAGAAAUUGAGAUCAGAAAACUGAUACUAAGAGGAUGAAAAAACACUGAAGUCUAAAACGCUUCAUUACUCCUAUCUGCAAAAUACUUUUGAUUAAUACAGACAGUUUGAUCAUGAAAUGAGAAGUGGCUGCAGCAUCACAUUGUCAACUAAGAAUCGCUUAAGAGUGACCCUACUAUAAACUUUUACCCAUUUUUCUAAAGAGUGUUUCUUCCAAAACUAAUUACUACAUAAAUCUUCUUCAACAAAAUGACAGUGUGAUUCGGUAGCCAUUUCUCAUGAAGUUUUCUAUCUGUUCGCUCAUUAUGCUAUCAAUGACGGCAAUGUGAUUUUCUCAAAUAAAGUAUCUGUUUUGAAGUUGAUCGGGCCUACGAUAAAUUUAAAUUACGAACGGGAUCUCAUGCAAAGUCGAUAGACCAAAUAACUGACACACUACAUUUCAACAGUAAUAAUAAAGUCUAGAAUUCAGGAAAAGUAUAAUGUUCACGAAAAUUAAUUUGAUUUACAACAACUUUUUAUUAUAUCAUAUAGAAACACAACCUUAAUUCACUAAAAUUACAAAGUAGAAGUGACAACAUAAAGUCAUUUAAAAGCCGAUGUCAGUAUGUAGAUCUAAAUUUUGAAAAUGUUAUCACGAUUAUCCUUACCGAAAUGAGCUAAUGUAUAUGGAUAAAAUCUAGACAACCUUAGAUCUCAACAUUAUCUAAUUUACAGGACUUAAAGCAUUCAUAGUAAUUAAAGUUUAUCGUACUUCUACGAAAAAAUAUGUGUCUAUGAAAUGUUUCGUCUAAAUUUUUCACUGAGGUUCACUUGAUGUUCAGAGUGAUUAGUCGUUAACCCUCUUUUUACACUUUAUGUAAAAGAUAUAUAUAUAUAUAUAUAUAUAUAUAUAUAUAUUGGUUUGAAUUACUUUUUUGUGGUUGGCGUUUUCUAGCGAGUUAGUUUUCUACGUGAUGGGGUCGCUAAUUCCAUACCCGACCCUCCUCCCUUAUCCGCGUGGGGGGCCGGCGAUAACUCCAGAGGGGUUAUAUAUAUAUACAGAUAUAUACGGAAUGUGUGUACCUCAAUCCCAAACUUCCUUAGUUGAAUUUACAGUUAUUGUUUUCAUUAGAUUCCUUGCUCUGAACUAGACAGUUUAAUUACUAAGCUUUUUUUGUCAUGCUGAACAUUAUCAGGACUUCAUGUAAAAUUGAGUCUAUUAGUUUCUCCAUACACGUAUUAAUCAUUUUUCUUUUAGUACUGUUUGCUGUUGGUUGUUUCCAUGUUGAUUGUCAGUUUUGGUCGACCUGUGAUUGAUUGAUUGAUCUCUUUUCCUUAUGAGGUGAUAAUAAGUUGAAUAUGCCUCGAUGAUCGUAGAGUUUUGAAUUUAGCUUCGACUUAUUUUUCGUAUGAUGUUCAAACUACCGAUCCAUUCAUCUCUUUACAAUCAUCGUAAUCCUUUUACAUUUUAGUGGCUAAUGAAUUACGAUCGUCAAUUGAUGUUGGUCGUAUGAAAUCAAAGAAGGUAUGUUGUUAUUUAAGUUGUAAUAAUCGGACGUUUUGUGAUAUCUCUGCUACACUUGUUUUACUGUUUUCAUAGUAUAACAUUUAUCUGUUCCGUCAGAAAUGGGUUGGUGGUGGUAGUGAACUCGAAACGCUGCUCGACUCAGUUGUCGUAUUAAUUAACACAUAUCACCAUGGUAUUUCCUAUAAUUCUGAGGGGAUUUGUGGAUUGAACCUAGACUGUCUAACUUCUCAAUUUGAAACAUUGCCAUUGAACUAGUUGGGUCUCAACUGUUGUCAUGUCGUGGUUUUAUGACUGUGACCCCUUAAUUGUAAAAUUAAUCACCAAUUUUGCUGUCAUAAUCAAUAUUCAUUCAGUCAUAUUAGUUUAUUGUGUAAGCAGCCUAAUAGAAUUUAUUUAUUACAUGAUGACUCUAUUGUGUCGCUCUAUGAAUUUAUUGAAUACUCCAUAGCUAUAUUAUAAUGUGUUUAUGUGGUUGAAACUGUCAGCAAAUUGGAAAGUCUUUUAUUGCGUAGAUUGCCAAGCGUGUUUUGAAUUGAUCAUUGACAAGAUAGUUUUUUUUACAAUCCAGUCCUUACUCAUGAAUGGAAAAUUCCACUUCUUCAACAUUACCGUACGACACGGAGAGAAUAGUACAAUUGAACGUCCUUUUUACCGAAAGGAUGCCUUGAAUGGUGUUUUUCUGAAGUUUAAUAGCUUUUGUCUGAUGAGUUACGAAAAGCACUUAUCAAAACACUGUUCUACAGAGCGGAAAAGAUACAUUUUACUGAUACACCAGAAACAAAAUUAAUAAACGUAAAAGAGUGACUGAAGAACGAUAGGUAUCCAAAGAAAUUUGUUGAAAAUACAAGGAAAGUUAAGACAAAAUACCUAAAGAAACCACAACAGACAAAAAACAUAUUUUCAUCCAAAUUGAAUUCAAAAGAGACGAUGUUGCAGUGACAAUCAAUAGAAGAUUAAAAACCACACUUAUCAGAACUUAUCCAGUAUAAAACAAUAUGUUCUUUACUCCAAUCAAAGAUAGGUUAGUACCCCUUUCAUGAUACCACUAAUUGCGUAUAGAAAUUGACGUGUACCUGCCAAGACAGUUGUAUUGGUAGAACAAUAAGAAAGACUUACUUUCAAUUCUAAGAACAUAUCCCAAAACGUUUGUGAUCGAUCGGGAUAAAGGUUUUAACAGUGCUACUGUAAAACAUCUAUGCGACACAUCAAGCAUCAAAUUGACAGACAAAUUUUUCAGCAUUGUCAAUCGACAGUCAAAUUCGAUGAAUCUAUCAAACAACUUAAACUGGACUUAUUUAUCCCAAAGAAAACAAUUGUAACUAGUUAUUAUGAGUUUGUUACAUCAGUCUUGCAAUUUUGAUGAAUAGUAUCAUUUCUUCCAAACUCAUAAGCUUAUUGUUUGCUUUUUUAACUGACUGAUCUCAACUCAUGUUAUUCUUAAUGGUUAUUAAUUUAUGUUCAUCUAAUUCUAUUACAUAAUCAACCGAUUCAUUUCUUUGAUCUGGUGAUCUAGAAUCUUUUUUUACAUAAUAAUUUACAUGUCUUCACUCUCACUACUCCAUCAUGAUGAUACAUAUACAUUUUCACUAUAAUACUUAUGUAAACUUGUUGUAAUUUUAAUGGUUGAGAUCAUGAGUCAGUUAAAGCAAGACCACCAUAGAAAACCUGGAAGCACUGGGAGGCCGUUUCGUCCUAUUAUGGGACUCCUCAGCAGUGCGCAUCCUUCAUCCCACCUCGCGAGUUUCUAACCCAGAACCUAUCAGUUUCAUGCGCGAGCGCUUAACCACUAGACCACUUAGUCGGCAUCCAACGGUGUUAAUGUCUAACUUCAACUAAGUUGCUUAUAAGUACCUUAUGAAUAAAAUGAAUCCGUUAUUUUGUUCAAUUCUUUGUUCUUAUUUUAUUCAAGAUAAUUUGAUCUCAUGUAGUCCAUUUACACUUCAUCGUAAACAUGACAGCUUUUUUUUAAUAAGAACAUAACAUGAUAUUGGUUCACUGGGGAUAAUGACCAACUCAGCAACAAACCUACUGUAAUACAUGUAAAGUUCACUGUUUUUACAUAAUUAAUGUAAUUUUCAAAAUUGAAUAUAAACUCAGAGUUUUAAGUCAGUUUAUUUGUAUAUAGGCCAUAAACCAUACUCAUAACCCUAAACUUAAUUCUCUUAUUUUUUAAUAAAAGCUCAUUCACAAUUAUUUAAUUUUGAUUGGCCGUUUUUCGUACAGUAAUCUAAAGUCUUUUAAGUACCUAAUGAAAUUUCCCUCAUUAAAACUAAUUGUAACACAUUCGAUAGACAACAUCGUGACUUGAUAUUUACUCUGUGACCUUGAUGUCCUUUUGAUUCUUAUUUGUUCCUAACUUUUUAUUCUAUGAUUUCUCUGUUCUAGAGAGAUGUUCAUCGACUUAGUGCUACUAUGGCUAGUAUAUUCCGUACACCUAGUCGGGAUAAACAUUUUACUUUAAACAAUCAAUCAUCUACAGAUCAUGGUACAAAUGGCUGUGGUAUCAAUACAACUGGAACAUAUAAAUCCAUUAAACAACGUCAACCUUUAUCUUCUUCCUCACGUACUCAACAACAAUUAUCAGGUCCUCCUCUACCUCCACGUCCACCACCUACAGUUUUAGCUAAUUUAAAUCUCACUGGGGGAAGCGGAGCAGGAGUAGGUGUUAAUGAACAACUUUCGCCAACCAGUCAAUUAUCACUCAAUCCUGACAGUUUAACUGAUGUAUCGAAUUCAUUGAUUGCUUCAGAUCAACCAUCUUCCGAGUCAUUAAUAUUACUUGGGGCAUUAAAUCACAUAGCUGGUGCCCUCUUUCCUCAAAUACAAUUAUUACGUACAGAAAAUGUUGAAUUACGUUCUACUAUUAAUAAAUUAGAAAUUGAACAAUCUAAUUGGAAACAUUUUCGUAAUCGUGAUAAUCAAUUAAUUAUGCGUACUUCUUCAUUAAAUACUGGUAAUGGUAAUAUCACUCAUACAGAUCAUCUUAAUAAUUAUUUCAUGGAUAAUACAACAGUAAAACAAGAAACAGAAAAAUUACGUCAAGAUUAUGAAAAUUUUACUAAAAAAACACAUGAUUGGGAAAAAGAAUAUCAAAAACAACGUUCUACUAUUGAAAGAGAACAUAAUAAAAUUGCUAAAGAACGUGAAUUAUUAGAAAAUGAACGGUCUGAAUUAGAAUAUCGUCAACGUCAAUAUGAAGAAUUACGUAGUACAUUACAAGCACAAUUAAAUAUAUAUAAAAAAAUGGGUUUAAAAUUAACACCUAUCAAUAGUACAGAACUUCAAGAACUUCAAGCAAGUUGUAAUGCAAAUGAUUUUAAUUCACAAUUAAACCAAAGUAAUUCCUCUAUAAUAACCAAUUCAUUUGAUGAUUAUUUAAAUGAAUUAUCUGGAAAUAAUAAUACUGAAACUAAUCGAAUCAAUUCUGGUGGUAUUAAUGAUUUUACAAAACCAAUACAUUUUUAUUCAAAUAGUGAUGAUUUAACAGGAUCUCGACGUGCUAUUACUAGUCAUUCUAAUGAUGUAAAACAAAGCUAUCUAUAUUCUACAGAUAUUGAUCAUAAUCCAAAACCAUCACUUGUACCGUCGAGUUCAACACGAAGUGAUAAUGUACCGGUACAUUUACGUGGAAGUUUAGUCAAUCAACCUAGUAGUCCACGUUCAUCAGAUAUUCUAUCGGACAAUAAUAAUCGUAGCAAUUCAUCAAAUGAAACAUCUAAUAUUAAUACUUUAACUCAUGGUAUUGGAAAAUCUAUUCCUAGUUCUUCAUCUUCUUCAUUGUUUACUGAUUCAAAUCCUCUUAUGAAAUUAGUUGAUCAUACAAAAGUACGAACAUCAGGUUCAUUGACUAAAUCAAAAAAAUCUUAUCGUUCUAGAUCACGUCAAAAAGAUACUUAAUUGAAUUUCUUUCUCUUUUAUUAUUCAUUGAAUAAUUAUGCCACAUUCAUUCAUCUUCAUUGUGUUUGACUCAAUUUUCUCUUUUAUUUUGUAGAAUUAUUAUACAUUUAUAUCUGUGUAUUAUAAUGCGUUUGUUUCUUAUUCAAUGAAAUAUUUUACUCUUUAAUAUAUUUCUGAAAUAUUUCCUCAUGAAUUGAUUAUGUAAUGAUUGUUUAAUUGUCAGAUUUAAUGAUAUCACCCGAUUAACUUACCCAAUGGUCUAUAUACUUACAUUAUAUAUAUAUAUAUAUAUAUAUAUAUAUAUAUAUAUAUAUAUAUAUUCAUAUUCCCUGUGUAUAUUUUUCAAGGAUGAUAAUAAUAAUAAUGUGCCUUAGGAGGUUUUGUUCAUGGAAAUGUAAUCCAGCAUCCUAAUGAUGCAUAUGUACAUGUACAAUAUUUUCUUCUAUCUAUCUAUGAAAGUACUUCAAUAUUCUCAUAUUCCUGUAUACAACUAUACAAAUGUAUUUCUUCCAGAUGUAAUCAUCAUCAUCAGCAUGUGCAAAAAGAGUAAAUAAGAACACAAUUUGUUUAUAAUUUGUCUUUCAGAUUUUAUUUUGUUCAAUGUUUUACUCAUUAACUUAUUGUUUAUAUUAAAAAGGGAAUGACAUGUUGUUGUUGUUGUUGUUUCUUUUAAUGUUUCUUCUAUUCUAUGGAAUGUUUUGUUUCAUUCACAUUGAAGGCUCUGUCUGCCUUCAUUACAUACUUUUCUCGUUGUUGAUUAUAUAUAUAUAUAUAUAUAUAUAAUUAGAAUUACGAUCUUCCAUAUAUUCGAAUAUAUGACUACUGCAAUGAUGAACUAUGGUGAUUUUACGUUAUAUAUAUAUAUAUAAUGACCUUUGUUAUUAAUAGUUCUCAUUAUUAACUUUGAAGAACUAGAUGUAUAUCAGUAAAUUAUUUAUUAUAAUGUGUUAUUGUUUUUCUUCCAACGACCGUUUCUGUUAACAAUCUUAUUAGAAGAGAUACAAUGACAUUGUUCAUGUGAAAUACUCUCUUUAAACAUGUUAGUGUAUAGUCAAGAAAUGUCGGUGUUCUUUGUUUUUGUAGUAGUGUAGUGAACGGGAACAAAAGUUGCGACAAUUGAAUGUAAUUAAACACAAAAUUACAGAAUACCUUAGUAAAAUCUGAGAAUCAUACAGUGAAUUCCUCAUAUGCAAAAUGUCAAUCAAUUGUCUUAGACUUCACUGUUCUUUCGUUUUCCAUACCAAUCCUUGUUUGUUCUUGUUCUCUUUCUUUGAUUUUCUUAAACUUGUGCCUCCAGGUAUUUCAAUUGAUGAUUGAUACUACUUAUAUCAAUCAAUGUCAGUAGCACACGCCACAGUAGUACUGUUCCAAUAUCACUGAAAUAUUUCCCAUUCUUUAUAAACUUAUAACGUUCGGUUUUACUUUGUCUACACAUAUGGGACGUUAAUUUACCUUAGACGAAUAUCUACACUAGAUUCCUUCUCAGUGUCUAUUCUACAGGAUUUCAACACAACUCAGAUCAAGAACAUGUGAUUAGCCGGACAUAGAACGUAAAUAUAUUUCUCCAUCAAAACCCGACACAAUCCAACAACAAUGAACAAUCAGUAAUAUUUAUUAUAAGGAUAGGGGAAUAUAUAACUCAUCUGACACCUGUCUGACUAAGCAAACAACCAAUCAUUAUCGUUCUCGCCUAAACAUCAUAAACUUUAGCCAUAUCAGUUAUUGUUUUGCAAUAUUCAUUGAACCUUCACAUGUAUUCGAUGCUAACUAGUGGACUUGAAUUUAAUCCACUCGUUACAGCUAACAUUUGUGUAUUUUCAUCAAACUAGGAAUUACGAUUUACUGGCUAAUGACAUACUUUUAAUUUCGUUAGUGAUGCAUAGAAUAUUAGUACAAUUAUUCUCAUAACCCAACUUUAUUAGGUCUAUCCUGAUGCAUGCUUAUUCGAUAGAUAGUUUGUUUAGUUAAGCAUAUUCUUGGAAUUAAACUAAACUUUAGAACGGUAACGGUAUUAUGAUAUCCUAGGUAUUUGAUGAACAACUGAGGAAACAGAUAUUCUCGAAUCGAUACUUUUGCUUUUGGAACUGACCCUCACAUAAUAGUUUUUAUAAAAGGAAACAGGUUCCCGUGUCGAAGUUGAGAAGCAAGCUUAAUAACUCUAUUUUAAUGUGACUCAGUCGACACAGGAGCUCAGGACAG